AUGAUCAAUCGCAACACUGAGCUUGAUGGUUUCCACUCACUCGUCCAAGCGAUCAACGACGUGCUCGGUCCCAGCAACGGCAUCGACUCUGAAGAUGUAGAUGAGAAUGAGCUUCAAGAACUGAUGAAGGCCUACAUAUCAGAAGAGUCAGAGUGGAAGAAGUACUUCUUCCCGUCAGAGCACCUCCCAUAUACACGGAACGUUGUUGACAAGGGCAACGGAAAGAGCAACCUGCUCAUUCUGGUAUGGGGUCCUGGCAAGAAAAGCCCGAUUCAUGACCAUGCAAAAGCGCACUGCAUCAUGAAAGUCCUCAAGGGAAGCCUCACUGAGACUCGAUUCGCCACUCCCACCGAUGAGGACGUCGAGAACCAACGCCCAAUGACGAAGAUCCAUGAGAUUACUUAUAAGGAGAAUGAGGUCACGUAUAUGGCGGACACCCUUGGCGUGCAUUGCAUCUCGAACCCACACCCUACAGAGUACGCGGUAUCAAUACAUUUGUAUACUCCGCCCAACGCGGAGACAUACGGAUGCAAUGUCUUCGUAGAAGACACUUCUAGUUUUGUCUUCAACUCGCAAUGCAAGUUCUAUUCCGAGUAUGGCGUCAAGGUAAACAAGAGAGAGCAUUAA